AUGCCUCCUCGAAGGGCCCAUACCAAGUCUCGCAAUGGCUGUGACCAAUGCAAGCGACGCCGGGUCAAGUGCGACGAAAAGGGCCCUCCGUGCACGAAUUGUAUUUCACGCGAACUCGGCUGCACCUAUUUAAGAGCCCCGCCGCGCGAUGCACCAAGCACGCGAAGACGUAAUAAUGCGCCCGCCCCAGCUAGAGAAUUGGACAUUCCCCGGCCGUUGGCGCCCAUCAGCCCGGCCUCCACUCCGUCCGCCAUCUCCGGGGUGCGGGACCUCGAAUUGAUGCAUAAAUUCGCCACGGAAACCUUCAGCACCGUGUCUACCUCCGAGUCCAAAUUCCACGUAUGGCAAAUCGUGAUCCCGCGUCUGGCUCUGCAAUAUGAUUUUUUGAUGAACGGCAUUCUGGCUUUGGCGGCCCUGCAUAUUGCCACGACGACCGAGUCGCCUACUUCCUUGGCGUAUAUAGAUACCGCCCUCCAGUAUCAUAAUUUGUCAUUUGCGCCCUUCCGUGCCGCUAUCGAUAACCUCACGCCGCAGAAUUGCGAGGCCGUACUAGCGCAGUCGAUCGUCACCACGGUUAUUGGCAUCGCCUUGCCCCGAGUCACGGCCCCUCGCGAUGAUAACUCUAACAUGACCGAGAACAUCCUGCUGGUGUUUGAGCUCCUCCAAGGUGUGAAGAAAAUUAUUCAUAUCGGUCGGUCCUGGAUUAAAAUCAACCUCUACUCUCGCCAGAAGGAACGAUAUGAGUCCAUGGGUCCGACUGAAUUGGACAGCGACGCAUCGGCUGCCUUUGACCGGCUCGCCAUGUUGAAUGAAGAGACCGUGGCUAGUAUGGAUGCACAACAAUAUCUUAUCAAUAAAGAAGUCAUCGAUCAUCUUCGCGACUGCUACACGUUGUAUGCGAGCUCGCAAGAUCCGGGGGAAGUGCUUGCCUGGUUAGCCGCCGUCGACAAGGAAUUUGUGGAUAACGUGCGGCGCCAACAGCCACUGGCAUUGCUGAUCCUCAUGCAUUGGGGUGUCUUGCUAGGCGAGCUGGAUGGCCGGUGGUGGUGGGCGUCGAAUUCGGGCAAAUCAUUGGUUUUGGAGUUGCUGCAAGUUUUGCUCCCUGCGGAUGCUCGGUGGACGGAGUACUUGUCAUGGCCUCAACGAAGAAUGGGUUUAUGA